AUGUACGAAAACCUUGGGCUCGAGCGUCGCGGAGAUGUCUUUAUCCUUACUCUGCAGAAACCACCAGAGAACCGUCUCACAUCACAAUUCUGUCAAGAGAUUAUUCGGGCUUUAAAUGAUGUUCGGAGGGAACUAGGUCCUGACGCACCUGGCGUUGUUAUCAUUCGAGGCAACGAUGCCAAGUUCUUCUGCACAGGUCUGGAUCUCUAUGAACGAGACACAAACCCAUACGCCAGCUCCGAGGGAUUCUAUCCGCUUGUUGCAACUCUCCUAGACUUCCCGUUCCCCACCAUCUGUCUCAUCACCGGACACACUUUUGGAGGUGCCUCAGUGAUGACACUGGCCCACGACUAUCGUAUCAUGAAUUCUACCCGUGGGUACUGGUGCAUGCCCGUAGCAGAGCUCGGCCUGCAUUUCGAUGGAAUGGGUGCCCUUCUGAGAGCCAAGCUGCCACCACAAACAGCCAGGAAGGUCAUCCUGCAGGGUCAUAGGUUUACAUCAAGUGAGGCAUUGGCGGAUGGUAUCGUGGAUGAGAUCGCCUCGCCGGAAGAGAUGCUGGACCGUGCCUUGCAGCUUGCCGAUAGGGUCAAGUCCAAGGCAAAGAUGGGGGUCUACGGAUUGCUCAGGGCAGAGCUAUAUGGUGAGGCGCUGAGGGCGUUCCAGCAGAUUAGUUAUGUUCAUUCUCGGCUCAAUUCCCGUCAGGCAAAGGUCAAGCUAUAAACAUAAUAAUAAAAUGGAUGAACGAUUCCGC